CGAUUUUAUAUCUUUGAUUUUUUUAGUUUUGAAAUGACGUAAUGCACUCUUAUCCAUUCUCGUAUUGUGAACAGGUUAUAUUACUACAAUGACGGCAAGAUCACCACUAUUACUUCCUAAGAAUUUUAGACUAGCAAACGGAUCCGUAAUAAACUCAAUUGGGUUUGGCUUAUGGAAGGUCCCGCGCGAGCAAACUGCAGAAACUGUGAGCAACGCGCUCGACCUCGGAUAUAGACACGUAGACGGUGCAUUUGCUUACGGAAAUGAAGACAUUGUCGGUGAGGUUCUUGAAAAGAAGGGAAUUGACAGGAAACACCUCUGGCUGACGUCCAAGACAUGGAACAGUUUCUGGGAUCCGACAAUGGUUAAAGCAAGUGCAGAAGAUUCUUUAAAGAAGCUCAAGACACCUUAUAUGGAUCUCCUCCUCUUACACUGGCCAGUUGCCUUCUCAAAUCCUGAGAAGAAGCUCGACAAAAUGCCUGUGAAGAGGGAUGGAAAGCAGCUUCCUGUUAUUGACAGAGAAGCGAUGGAAAACCUCCAGCAUACUUGGGAAGCGCUCGAGAAUCUCGUCAAAGAGGGUAAAGUUCGUCAAAUCGGUGUUAGUAACUUUUCUAUCGGUAAGACUAAGAAUUUGCUUGGUUUUGCGAAGGAAAAGCCAGUAGUUAAUCAAGUGGAAAUCAAUCUUCACUGUUCACAGCCAGAUUUGGUUAAGUUCAACCAGGAGAAUGAUAUCUUAACCCAGGCGUACUCUCCGCUUGGUUCUGACGCGAAGCAGGCAAGCUAUAGCAAAGAACCACUGAUAGUCGAGUUAUCCAACAAGCUUAAUGUCUCUCCUACUCAACUCAUUUUAGCCUGGCAUUUGAAGCGUGGCAUAAAUCCAUUACCAAGAUCAACCAAUAAACAGCAUCUCCAAGAAAACUUAGAAGCGAUGAAUAUACAAUUCCCACAGGACGUAUUUGACGCACUACAAGAAGAAGCCUAUAAAACACCUACCAACCGUAUCGUAGACCCAAGCGCAAGUUGGGGAGUGGACAUCUUCAGCGACGAAGUUUAGCUUCUGAUUGUAAAUAUA